CCCGGGAUCCCCGGGCAUGGUGCGCGCCCCGGCCGGCAGCGCCUGGAGAAGACGAGGCCCCUCACGCCCGACCUGCGUGGCCCGGGCAGAGCCGUGCGCGCCCCCUAGGCGGCCGCAGGGCCUGAGCCGCUCGGCCGCCGGCGCCCGCUCGGAAACCAUGCCCCCGGGCGCGGGUCCAUGGAGCCAUGGCCUAUAGGGUCCUGGGCCGCGCGGGGCCGCCUCAGCCGCGGAGGGCGCGCAGGUUCUUCUUUGCCUUCACGCUCUCGCUCUCCUGCACUUACCUGUGUUACAGCCUCCUGUGCUGCUGCGACGACUUCGGCCGGAGUCGCCUGCUCAGCGCGCCCCGCUGCCUCCACGGCCCCGGCGCGGGCGGCCAGAAACUUCUCCAGAAGUCCCGCCCCUGCGAUCCCCCGGGGCCGACACCCAGCGCGCCCCCCGCCGCCGCGCCCGCCCCCCGCCUCUCGGCUGCCAACCACUCGGGCUCGCAGAAGCUGGGGACCAAGCGGCUGCCCCAGGCCCUCAUCGUGGGAGUGAAGAAGGGGGGCACGCGGGCCGUGCUGGAGUUUAUCCGCGUGCACCCGGACGUGCGGGCUUUGGGCACCGAGCCCCACUUCUUCGACAGGAACUACGGGCGCGGACUGGACUGGUACAGGAGCCUGAUGCCCCGGACCCUGGAGAGCCAGAUCACGCUGGAGAAGACGCCCAGCUACUUCGUCACGCAGGAGGCCCCUAGCAGGAUCUUCAACAUGUCGCGGGACACCAAGCUGAUCGUGGUGGUGCGCGACCCGGUGACGCGCGCCAUCUCCGACUACACGCAGACGCUGUCCAAGAAGCCCGACAUCCCCACCUUCGAGGUGCUGUCCUUCCGGAACCGCACGCAGGGUCUGGUGGACGUGUCGUGGGGCGCCAUCCGCAUCGGCCUGUACGCGCUGCACCUGCAGAGCUGGUUGCGCUACUUCCCACUCGCGCAGAUCCACUUUGUCAGCGGCGAGCGCCUCAUCGUGGACCCCGCGGGCGAGAUGGGGCGGGUCCAGGACUUCCUGGGCGUCCGGCGGUUCCUCACGGACAAGCACUUCUAUUUCAACAAGACCAAGGGCUUCCCUUGCUUGAAAAAGACGGAAUCGAGCCUCCUGCCGCGGUGCCUGGGCAAAUCGAAAGGCAGAACUCACGUGCAGAUCGAUCCUGAGGUGAUAGACCAGCUCCGGGACUUUUACAGACCUUAUAACAUCAAAUUUUAUGAAACCGUCGGGCAGGACUUCAGGUGGGAGUGAGCCGUGGCCUAGGUGCUGGUCUCCCCUGGGAGCCUGUUUCUUAGCGCCUCUGACCCCCCCAACCCCCACCACACCCCAGCAAGCCCAGGCUCCGCCUCCUUCAUUGUCUUGGGUUCCAUCAUCCUGGACCCAGGAAGCCCAGCCAUGGCCAAGAGACCAGGGGCUCCCUGCCACUGGCUGUACCCAGUCUGUCUGGGCAAAGUCACCCGCUUCUGGCGUGUUCGGUCAAUCCGGAACGGUUUCCCUCCAGGCCCUCGGAGGCCGUGGGAAACCACUUUCAGGAGAGUGGGUCUCCCGUUAUGAUGGAUGUUACACACGGUGAUGGCGCUGUGCUAGGAGCACAGCUGUCCCUGUCGCUGCCCAACCCAAAGCGGGCUAGUUAAUUCCGAGUGGCACGUACCUCCCCUCUGAGCUUCGCUCCCCUGAGCUGCCAGCCCUGGUGCUGGGGCCGGAGGCUGUCCUGCCCUCAGCACCUGCAGAGCGGGACGCACCCAGCCACUCCUGGGAGCCCGGGCCUUUGAGGAGGGAAGAAACCAGGACUCUCAGCGCUGUGCUCUCUGCUCUGCCUGACGGCGACUAUCUGAACACCUGGAGAGCCCUCCACGAGGGACAAAAGCACAUAUUCUGCGGUUACGGGUCCUUGCCUCACGAGCUUUCAUGUUCAGCAUGCAACAGAACCAUGCUUGUCCGUGUGAAAUAAAUAUGGCUCCCUC